AUGGGUGCCCUCGACCGUCUCUCCUCCAUCUCCAACCAGCUGUCCGGCGGCUCUGCCGGCGGCAAGGCCAAGCUUCUCGAGAAGAACCCCGACGACGUCGUCGUCACCGCUGCUCUGCGCACGCCUUUCACCAAGGGCGGCAAGGGCGGCUUCAAGGACACGCAGGCCUCGGACCUGAUGGCCGGCGCGCUCAAGUCGCUGCUAGAGCGCUCCAAGAUCGACCCUGCCCUGGUGGAGGACGUGGCUGUCGGCACGGUCCUGGCCCCCGGUGGCGGUGCCACGGAGAUGCGCGCGGCCGUCCUGGUCGCCGGGUUCCCCACGUCGACGGCGGCGCGCACGCUCAACCGCCAGUGCUCGUCGGGCCUGCAGGCGUGCGUCGACAUUGCCAACCAGAUCCGCACGGGCAUGAUUGACAUUGGCAUCGGCGCCGGUGUCGAGAGCAUGAGCACACAGUACGGCCCGGCGGCCGUGUCCGAGUUCUCGGAGCUGCUCGAGAGCCACCCCGAGUCGGCCAACUGCAAGGUCGGCAUGGGCCAGCUGUCGGAGCAGAUGGCGCAGGACCGCCACAUCUCGCGCGCGUCGCAGGAUGCCUUUGCGGCGGCGUCGUACCAGAAGGCCGCCAAGGCCCAGGAGGCCGGCCUGUUCAAGGACGAGCUCGCGCCCCAGACGGUGCAGUGGGAGGACCCCAAGUCGGGCGAGACCAAGACGAUCACGGUCGACCGCGACGACGGCGUGCGCCCUGGUGUCACGGCCGAGUCGCUGGGCAAGAUCCGCGCGUCGUUUGCCAAGGACGGCAGCAUCCACGCCGGCAACGCGUCGCAGAUCUCGGACGGUGCCGCGGCGGUCCUGCUGAUGCGCCGCUCGACGGCCGAGAAGCUGGGCCAGCCGAUCCUGGGCAAGUUCGUGUCCGCGUCCAUCGUGGGCGUGCCGCCUCUGCUGAUGGGUGUCGGCCCCUGGAAGGCGAUCCCCAAGGCGCUGGAGCUGGCCAAGAUCACCAAGGAGGACGUUGACGUGUACGAGAUCAACGAGGCCUUUGCCAGCCAGUGCCUGUGGUGCGCCAACGAGCUGGGCCUGCCGGCGGAGAAGAUCAACCCGCUGGGCGGCGCCAUUGCGUUCGGCCACCCCCUGGGCUGCACGGGCGCCCGCCAGGUCUCGACGCUGCUGUACCAGCUGCGUCGCACAAACCAGAAGGUUGGCGUGACCAGCAUGUGCGUUGGCACGGGCAUGGGCAUGGCCGCUGUCUGGGUUGCCGAGUAA